CUCCCAUGAGGUACAGGAGUACUAAUAGCGAGCGUUCAAGAUGUUUGAUAUACAAAAUCUUGAAACCUCCUCCCCAAAACCUCCAUUGAACAAUGAGCUUACUUCUCUGCAUUCUCUGCCUUGUUCGAGUGAUCCAAGCUGCACCUACUACUAAUACCAGUGAUAGUGCUGAGUCCCUGUGGUCCUCUGAAUCGUCAGCAUGUGCAAACCAACGAACCUUAUGGGGCAUUAUCUCUAUGUGUGCUUUGACUCUGCUCGCAUGCAUUUACAGUGCCAUUCACCCCAACAUUCCGAGCCCUGAGGACAGCUCCAUUCGCAUUUUUUUUGUGGCGGGUUGUUACCAUGGGACUCGCACUACUCGCUCCUGACCUGCUCGCUGCAUGUGCUAUGUGCCAGUGGCUCUGGGCUCGUCAAAUUACAGCACAGGUUAAGGAGUCACAUCUCAGUGUUUGCUAUCAUCCACAAGAGAAGGCUCUCGUAGCGCAUACUAGUAAAGCAUGUGAGGGAAACCAUACUCUUGCGGAGUCAUCCAAGGAGUGGUUGAAGGUCUACCGUGUUUCAGAGCAAUCAAAAAAUUACGAAUGGACUGAGACUCACAGUUUCUUUGCGCUGAUGGGCGGUUUCAUGCUUUAUGUGGAUGGGGAGCCCUACCAUAUACUAUUGCCCAACCAACUUCUCCGACUGAUACGUGCUGGAUCUAUCGAUUUCCCUACCCUGACGGCAAAGGAGAUCCGCGACCGUAGCAAAGGGAAUAUGAUAUCGAAAGGAUUGGUCAUCCUUCAGGUCUCUUGGUUUAUUAUGCAGCUCAUUUCUCAUGCCAUUUAUCACCUCGAGACCACACAGAUUGAGGCGGCAACACUCGCUUUUGCGUCGUCCGAGCCCAAACCGGCAGAUGACUAUUUUGAUGAUGUCCCUGAACAUGAUGACCCUGAGGCGGUGCAUUCAGAGACGGUUAUUGCUUCACUCAUCAACUCAGUGCUGCUCGUUGGCGGCGUUGAUGCCAUGUCCCCUCAAAAGUUACAAGUUCCAACAUUUGAUAAUAUGCACAACAUCAACCUAAAACGUUGGGAAGGUAAUCUUCUUACGCUCGCUGGAGUUACCAUGUCAAUUCUCUUUGGUGGCAUCCAUUGUACUGCUUGGUUCUAUGUCUUCCCCACAUACGAAGAGGAGGUCAUAUGGCGCGUGUGUGCCAUCACUAUGAUUGUCGCACCCUUGCUUGCUUUCGUGGUGGCCUUCCUCUUCGAGUAUAUACCAACAGCUGGCAAAAUUGACGAAGUAGUGAGAUCCAUGUUUCCCAUGGCAUGUAUCGCAUUGUACUCCACAUCGCGUUCUAUCCUCUUCAUACUCAUGUUCACCACUUUACGCAACCUUCCUCCUGACGCAUACAAGACGGUGUCAUGGACUAGUUUUGUACCACACCUGUAG